AUGGGCCCUCAGAUUAGCUCUCUCGUGUUCUCACUGACAACUCGCGCGCGUGUCAGCACGCUGCUGUCUGCAAAUUUGGCUUUUUGGACGCUUGGUCAUCACAGGGCAUCGAUGCUGCUUCAUUCUUUCAUGUGCCCACCCCCAGCCCAGCCCGACCCAACUCAAAGGGCUGCCCGUCUCUCAAGCCCUCCCCACUUCAACUCGCCCCGACAUCACCCUGCGCCAUCGCCCUUCUGUGUGUGUGUCUUCGUCUGUGUGUGCUCGCGUCCCAAGCUGCGGGCGGUCUGUCUGUGUGUUGUGGUGUGUGUGCAAAGGGGGAAGACGACUCAGCCUGCUCUGAUUGAAAACUAUAUCGGUGAUAAACCAUCAUGUGAUUCCCCCUGCUCCUCGCCGAGAGGCGGAGGGAGGGAAGGGGGACAGAGUCUGGAUGGUGUGAAGGGUAUCAUCACGGCGGCUACAGUGAGUGUCGCCCACUUGCGCGACAGGCCAGCUCGGUUCAUGCUGAACAGAACCAAAGCAAUUACGCAGAAUGGAUGA